AUGAAAAAGCUAAUUCUUUUUCUUUUCAUCGCAGUUUGGCAGGCAAAUUCCAAAAGUCCACCAGAGCCAGUGUGCGAUCAAAAUAAUGGCAACCUAAAAAUUGGCGGAAAUUGUGUAAGCUGCUCUGAUGGUUGUAAAACCUGCUCUGGGAAUGCAUUCUGAUAUCAAUGCUCCUCAUGCUUCUCAGGCUAUGAACUACUGAACAAUCUUUGUUUGCCAAAAGCUCACUUACAAUCUACUUCAUUUGAGUUCAACAGUCAAACUAAUCUUGGCAUGGAGCAAAACCAAAUCUUUCAAGUAGGAUCAAAUAGCAAUAAUAAGUACCCAGACUAUGAUGCAAAUGACCCAUAUCCUACUUUUCAGAGAGGUUACUAUUAUACUAAUCUCUCCUACAUGACUUCCGAUAAGUUUAAUUUGAGUCCUUGGUUUUCUAACUCUUUCUGAAUCAAACCGUACUCAGCUGGAAAUAUUUUUCUCAAAAAAGACACAAGCAGCGCUCUUCUAAGUCUCUCAAUAUCUUCAAGCAACGUACUUGCUUAUAGCAUCAAAUUAGCACAUGGAGUCACCUUAAGUUUGCAUUAUUCAACAAUAAAUAGCGUUCUUAAUGUAUGGAAUCAGAUCGCCAUUACUUGUGAUUUAGACAUGGGUCAAUGAGUUACGAAAAUUCAGCUCAUUCAUAAUGGAGAAGUUAUAACUGAAUCCCAAGCCACCACACAAGAUUGGUAUAAUGAUCCUCCAAUAGCAAUAAUUGGAAAUGACCCCAAAGGAAGCCAAACCUUUACUGGAUUUAUAUGAAGUUGAAAAUAUUAUGCUAAUUCAACUUUGUGACAUGCCGAUUAUCAAAUUUCAACCUACUGUGCAUCAGGGUGUUUGUUUUGCUCUGAAGAUUUUACUUGUCCUGAUUAUUGCGAUUUUGGUCAAUUCAAUGAAAAUGGAGUAUGUGUUGAUUGCUUAAGUGAGUGCACGUAUGGCUGCAGAACAGGAGAGAGGUGCAAUAUAUGUGAGACUAAAGAGUGCUACUCAUGCAGUGAUUCUUUUGUCUGUGAUACUUGUGUAACCAGGGGAAAUUUGACUAACAAAGUAUGUGAGUGCAAUUUAAACUCAUUUUUUAAUGAGACAACAAAAAUUUGUGACAUAUGUGACAACAGCUAUUGCAGUCAAUGCUUGACUGUAAAUUAUUUUGACUGCAAAGUUUGUGGGCCUAAUUAUAAACUAAUAGACACCGUCUGCUUGGUUGAUACUCCGUCAGGCUGGGAUAAUUCUAAAACCAAGCCUUAUGUAGCAUAUGAUAUCCCUUUCUGAACAGGCGCUUAUCAGGGAGAGUUCGGGAUUUUUGAGACAGGAGAAGAUAAAACUCGUUAUGGUCCAUUUAAUAUUCUAGAAGAAUUAAUGGAUCCAAUCCCAAUAGAAAAUAGAGGUUUGUAUUUUUCUAAUGGAAAUUUUUUGAAUUCUAGCCCAAUCUACCUGCCUCAUAGUUUUACUAUGAUAAUCUGCAUCAAUCCCAAAAAUGGAGAUUUUUUAGAAAAAGAAAGCAUGAGCAUCAAUUCUAAUGGCAAGGCGAGCAUUUAUCUCCAAGACCCUCUGAACAAUUUGGUGCAUAUUGUUACUCAUAGCGAAUUUCCACUUAAGGAUUGAACUUAUUUUACUUUAGUGUUUUCUUAUUUUAACUCAACCACAACGCUGUCAGCAUACUCUAAUGGAAAUCUGCUAUUCUUGCAUUCCUAUUAUGCAUGGAUAUAUAGAGAUUUCGCAUUAUCUUCUAUGCAUCUGGGAAAGAGUCAGGACAGUGUCUAUGAUGGUUUUAUUUACAUAUAUCUGGAGAUUAUUGGACAAAUAAGUGAUAUAGUAAGCUAUGUAGAAAAUGAAGCCAGUUUAAACCAAUUACCGUCCUGUGAUUACGAUUACACCUUUGAUCAAAAUGGAACAUGUAUCUCCUGCAACUCUUCAUGCACUAUGGGCUGUAUUCGAGAAUCAAACUGUAAUCUGUGCCAUGAUCAGUUAUGCCGAAACUGCUCUGGGCCUUUAGAAGAAUCUACUUGUUUUAAUUGCUCAUGACUUUCCCACAAUUUAUAUCCUAAUGAGUGCAUCUGCGACGACAAUGCAUUUUUAAUCAAAAAUAGCUCGAACUGGUAUUGUGAGCAUUGCGAAUAUAAUUACUGUGCUUUUUGCAACGAUAAUGGACAUUUUGAAUGCAAAGGCUGCAAGUCAGGCGUUCUUGUGAACACUGUUUGUCUUGAUGAGUAUCCGCUCGGAUAUUUCGAGUGCUCUGGCAAGAAUUGCCUUUUAACUCAAAUUAACCCGAAUGAAUACUUCAGAGGGAGGUAUGGGAUAUUCAUUGGCGGUUCCACAAAGGAGUUAUUUCCGCAUUUCAAUGGCUCUGAAAAAUAA